AUGACCAACUUCAAGAUCCAGAUAAUCUCCGACACCGUCUGCCCGUGGUGCUUCGUCGGCUACCGGCGCCUCUUGCGCGCCAUCACUGCACACCGCGGUGCCCACCCAGACGACACCUUCUCCCUCAACUGGUCCGCCUUCUAUCUGAACCCAGACGCGAAGCGCUACCCUGGCAUCAAUAAGCAGGACAUGUACAACAGGAAAUUCGGCGCCGAGCGCGCCGCGGCAAUGUUCACGCGGCUCAUGGCGGUAGGCGAAGCCGACGGCAUUGCGUUCCGGUUCGGCGGGAAGACGGGAUCGACGCGGGACUCGCACCGGCUGCUAUGGUUCGCGGCGCAGGAGGAGAAAGCGCAGGGCGAAGCGAGGGAUGCCGGCGUGGUGGGCGGGCUGCAGACGCGGGUGGCUGAAAACCUAUUCCAGGCGUACUUUGAGGAGGAGAAGAACAUCACAGAUGCGGCUGUGCUGCUGGAAGCUGCUGUUCAGGCGGGAAUGGAUGAGGGCGCAGUGCAGAAGUUUUUGGAUUCGGAGGAUGGCGGCGAUGCCGUGGAUGCGGAGGCUCUGAUGGCAUCGCGCAGCCUAGUCACGGGCGUGCCGUAUUUCUCGCUGCAAGAGAAGUACUCAGUGGAGGGAGCGGAUGAGCCGGAGACCUUCUUGGAGUUGUUUGGGCGGAUUAAAGAGGAGGAAGAGAAGUAG